AUGGGUACUGGAAAGAAGGAAGCCACUAGGCGUGUCCGCCAGGGCAAGACCGGCGAUGGCCUCGGCAAUGUUCGUGUCAAGGGCGAAAACUUUUAUCGCGAUGCGAAAAAGGUCAAGACCCUGAGCAUGUACAAGGAUGGACAGGUGCAAAGAAAUGCCGAUGGACAGAUCACCAAGGCUGCGUCGUACCAGUCGCGGGAUGUGCCGAAGGCUCGAAUCGAACCGAACCGCAGGUGGUUCACCAACACACGAGUCGUCUCGCAAGAUACCUUAAAGGCGUUCCGCGAGGCCAUGGCGGAAAAGGCAAACGACCCGUACCAGGUCCUUCUCAAGUCAAACAAGCUCCCUAUGAGCCUCAUUCGCGACGGCCAAGACUCCAAUGGCAUCAAGCAGCACAAAGCCAAGAUGACCGUGGAGAGCUCUCCUUUUGCCGGGGUCUUUGGGCCCAAAGCUCAGCGCAAGCGCGUGAAAUUAGGCGUCGGGAGCCUGGCUGACCUGGCCGACGACACGGAAAAAAGCAUGGACUCGUAUCAAGAUCGAAUGGAGCAGGCAAAACUGUUGAGCGGCACGUCCGGCCAAGAUGGUGAAGGCUCAGUCUCAAUGGCCAUCGAGCCCGUUUUCGACAAGGGCCAGAGCAAAAGAAUCUGGAACGAGCUGUACAAGGUCAUCGACUCCUCCGACGUCGUCAUACACGUGCUCGACGCGCGAGAUCCCGUGGGAACUCGCUGCAGAAGCGUCGAGAAAUAUCUCAAGGAGGAAGCACCGCACAAGCAUUUGAUCUUCGUUCUGAACAAAUGUGAUCUGGUUCCGACUAGCGUUGCGGCUGGAUGGGUGCGCAGUCUCUCCAAGGAAUAUCCGACACUUGCUUUCCACGCUAGCAUUACCAACUCGUUCGGCAAGGGUUCUCUGAUUCAGCUUCUUCGACAAUUCUCCAGUCUCCAUUCGGACAGGAAGCAGAUAUCUGUGGGAUUGAUCGGGGGGCCCAAUACCGGGAAGUCGUCCAUCAUUAACACCCUGCUGAAGAAAAAGGUGUGCACUGUUGCUCCCAUUCCCGGGGAGACCAAGGUGUGGCAAUACGUGAGCCUCAUGAAGCGCAUUUAUCUCAUCGACUGCCCCGGUGUCGUCCCCCCCUCAAGCACGGACACGCCUACGGAUCUGGUACUACGAGGAGUUGUGCGCGUGGAAAAAGUGGAGCACCCGGAGCAGUACAUAUCUGCUCUCCUGAGCCGGGUGAAACGCCAGCACAUGGAGAGGACUUAUGAGCUCAAGGGCUGGGAGAAUGCCACUGAGCUCCUGGAACUACUUGCGAGAAAGGGUGGUCGGUUGCUCCGUGGGGGAGAACCAGACUUGGACGGAGUGGCAAAGAUGAUGUUGAACGACUUCAUGAGGGGCAAGAUUCCAUGGUUUACGCCCGCUCCCACGGCGGAAGGCGAGGAAACGGAUUCCGUGGCGGGGCGCAACGGCAGGCUGGGGGAAAUGCCCCGGAAGCGAAGUCGAGCCGAGUCUCUGGGUAAGCUGGACACACCAUCGGCCAUGGAGCCGGCAAUCGGAUCCGAGACGGGGAGCGACGAAGUAUUCGGGGGAUUCGGCUGUGAUACCGAGGAGGCGCAGUCGUGA